UUUUUAUUGGAAAGCAGACAAUUGGUGAAAUUUAACGAAAUUAUUUAAAUAUCUAGCGUUUAUUUGUUAACAAAUUUUUCGAUAUCAAAAGCAAAAACAAGUCACCACCAUUUGUUGAUGGGAUUUCGGUAUCAGGAACUAAAAGACAGGGGGGACAGCAUAGAACUUGAGCACAAGGAAAGCUAUACAACCGAGCGCAGUCACAACGGUUAUAUUAAACGACAUAAGACCGUAUUACGCGAACGAUUUCCACACCCGAAUGCUAAGGAAGCGCGCAAGCAGCAGAAACAAUACACAAAGCGCAGCGCCUACACAACAACACUUAGACCAGAAACAGCAUCGGAGCGAAACACCACUACCGAAACAUUCGGCAAUUCGCCGGAGAGUGGCGCCUUGCUGACGACUUGCCCUGACAAAUCGCACCUGGAACGCGCAGUCAAUCGCACUUCGGUGCAGUUGAAGCGUCUGGCACAUGAAAUUGACAAUGAAAUUGCCAAAUUGAAGCGGGAAAGAGACAAACUAAUGUUCAGAUCGCGUCCGCACCCGUUGAUGCGGAACGCUGCCAUACAAAACGAUCUGCACACGAAAAUCGAAUCGUUGGACAAACUAAAGGAUUUCGAUACACAGUUUGCCAAUAAUAUCGAGUUUACGAUUGAAAAAUUCUCGAGUCAGCAUAAGUUCGUUUGCACUUCACCACGUUACGCGCGCGACGAGCAAACUUCGUGUCGGCCACGCAUGCGCACAAUUGGCCUGCAGAAAGAUACACAACGUGGCGGUGUUGAGGAUAAUUUGCAAAACCUAAAGGCCAAACUCAACGCUGCCAUACAUUAUUCAGCCACCAAUCUGGCGGCUUUAAAGACGAAGGGAUUGCUCGACACGACACCGCCCAACUGCUAUGCCUUCGACUAUGGCGGCACGGGCGAUGGUCAGAGCGCUGUGAACGUUUAUCACUUGCAGAACUGUCGUUGCACUGGCGGUUGCAAUCCGAAUGAUUGCAAUUGUAUGAAGACUUGUGAGCGCUACAAUAACGUUGGCAAUUAUAAUGGCAUGUUAUGUAAUAAAAACACUUAUGUGGAGAAGGCACUAACGCCGUGUAAAGAGUACAAAUACUGCCGUGAUGAGUAUCAUUAUAAUUAUCCGUCGCAGAAUAAAUGUGUAGUACCGGCGCCGAACCAAUCAUGUGUACCAUGUUCGCCAUGUGUGCCAUGCUUUCAGCCCUGCCAGCCGUGUCAGCCAUGCACACCCUGUUUACCGCCUUGCCCAACCUAUAAUGAGUGUCAAGCAGCCAAGCCGCAGGCAAAAGUUAUCUAUGGCAGGCGUGUGAGUGACUUAAAUACAGAAGAUUUCUAUCAUCCCACUGCCUCGCACGCCACGAAAUCAUUUAAACAUGGCAGUCCAAGGCACUCAAAGAACAAGGAGCGUUUGACGGUCGAUGUACCGAAGGAUGGGCGCACACUUGUUGAUAUUGAAAGAAGUGGUGAUCGCUCGCGUAGCAAAACGCGUCGAAAAAACGAGAGCGAAGAUAAGACAAGGCAGCGCAGUGCGAAAGCUUAUGACGUCGUCCCCGCGCGUAAAGCGAGUGAAAAGCGUCAAGUGCGCGAGCGUAAGCCACGCCAGGGGAGUGAAUCGUCGGGUAGUGUCGACUCCUCGGAGAAAGCACGUCAAAUGAAGAGCAAGGAAAAACUGCUGGAAAUAACCUUUACAAAGGAGCGACGUCACAAGCCCUCGUCUGAGUCUGAUGAAUGUAUUACGUACGAGCUGCCAAAAGCAAGUCGAGAGUACUCACGUGAGACAAAACGCUCCCUGAAGCAGAUGACGAUUACAGCCUACAAACCCUGUAAGCCGGGCGAAAGUGAAGGCAAAUAUGAUUUAGAUCGAAAGAAGAAGCAAAAGAGCAAAGCACAAAGUGCUGAUGACGAUAAAACGUGGGAUGAACGGUUAAGGCAAAUGGAAUAUCCACUUGAACCAGAUGAAUGGCACGCUGGUAUUCCUACUAUAACAGAAGUUCUCGAUGAUUACCGCAUUGGUGAUACCUACGCUAGCGAUGUACCUAAAAUCAUACAGGAACCUAAUGACACACAAUAUAGGGCAGGCUAUGGAGAGUUUUUUCAGCUAUCACCGCAGCGGAGCUAUGACAUAAUGCCGGUACAAAAAAAUACAGUGCGAGAUCUGCCGCCAUCUCAAAGUCCCGAACGUGGACGACGCAUACAACGAGAAAGCCCGAUGAGGUCUGGUGAGAAACCAGUUGGAUCGCAUGAAAGAGAACGAACUGUUAGCGGCACUGGACGGGAUGAACAGCCUAGACUUGGGCGCGUCGGCACACAACGGGAAUCGUAUGAAAAAGAUAGAUCGGAAGUAUUUAGAGCAUAUGGACUUGUAGAGAAACCCAGAAUAGAGAAGGGCUACAGAUCUGUUGGAAAACAAGACACUGAGAGGAGCUAUGGUCGAGCUUUCGAUGAGCGGCGGUCCCCAAACGAACAGAAAUCCAGAUUAGAUGAAGGCUACAGAUCUGUUAGAAAACCAGAUACGGAGAGAAGCUAUGGUCGAGCUUUCGAUGAGCGGCGGUCGCCAAGCGAACAGAAACCCAGAUUGGAAGAAGGCUACAGAUCUAUUGGAAAGCAAGGUGCUGAGAGGAGCCACGGUCGAACUUACGAUGAGCGGCAGACCCCCAGCGAGCAGAAACCCAGAUUAGAUGAAGGCUACAGAUCUAUUGGAAAACAAGGUGCUGAGAGAAGCCACGGUCGAACUUACGAUGAGCUGCAGUCUCCAAGCGAACAGAAACCCAGAUUAGAUGAAGGCUAUAGAUCUAUUGGAAAGCAAGGUGCUGAGAGGAGCCACGGUCGACCUUAUGAUGAACAGCGUACUCCAAGAGACUAUGUUCGAUCAAAACAAGAGGGGGAAAGACGUGAACCAAACACUUUGCACGAUGACACUUAUGAACCUAAAUUCACUUCAAGUACAUCUCGUUCCGCACGUGACUAUGAGCGAGGUAUUACAUCAGAUGAAAGGUAUGAUCCUCGUGGUUCACCGCGUAAAGCCUAUGACGAGUCUAAUUCUGCGCAAAUGCCGGGCAGAACUUACACCCCAGAUGAAACCCCACGUUCGGCACGCUAUGAAACUCAUAACGCGAAACCUCGUUUCGCUCGUGGAUUGAAAUCGGACGAUAACAUAGAAUUUGAAGGAUUCUCACCAUCCCAUUCCCGCGAUGACUAUGAAAAACCAGAAGGAAAAAGGUCUUCAAAAGACCAUAGUGAAACCGAUCAAAGAGUGGUGACGGAUCCCGGACAAACAAGUGAAAGCAAAGUUAGGAAGGAAGAAGAUUUCAAACAGGAAGAAGUUACUUUAAUGCGGAGCGAUCAACUUGGAGAUAUAGACUUAUCAUCUAAAAAAACCGAAAUUUCGGCCGCAGAUAUGAAAUAUAAAGCGGAUACACAAAAGGCAGGCACAUAUAUCGAUGACUAUAGUCCUAAAGCAGACAUUAAGGCUGAAAGUACAGACACAACUCAAAGAACAGAGAGCCCUACGGCUAGCAUUCCGCGUACGGGGAACCAACCUGGUACCGAUAGAGGAUUUACAGGUAGCGAGGAGAUAUUGGAAAAAGUGCCGCCAGUUCCAGAAAUUACAAUUGAGGAUACAGACGAAAGCGGUAGGAGUGCGCCUAGUGGAAGAGGGAAAAGCCCCGUAAUUAGUUUACGCGAGCAGGCUAAAUCAACCAUUCAAGGUGAAAUGUCACCGGAACCAGAACAAUUAAGAUCUCCAAAAUAUAAAGAUCGGGAUAAACUGCGACAGUUGGAUAGCCGUAGUCAGCCAGAACAAAUAAGAAGUAGUCCGGUUAGACAACCGGGCAUUCAUGAUGGUGCGGUAAUAGGUGGAGGCUUUACUAGAUCGGACACAGCUGGCGUCAUGGGUGGGUCUGCAAGUCCACUAAGUCCUUUUCCGAGUCUUGAAACGCCAAAAAUUUAUAUGAAACCUCGAGCAUUAUGCACUGAUUACGGUACCGCGUGUUUUCCUCCAACUGAAGACGAUUGCACUAGACGGACCAGUCUACGUGCCAACUGCGUCGCGAACGCGGGAGAUGCUUAUAUGUGUAAGCCAUGCACUACACAGACAACUUCGCCAUCAGCAUCUCCCCGCCAAUGUUUAUGUCCAGCAGAAAAUGGUAGUGAAAUUCCUUAUGAAAAGCUAGGCGAUCAAUACGAACAUUCGCCCGUACGCCAAUUAGCAGCUAACUCUCAUAUGGCUGUAGCACUACAGUCCGAUACCGCAAUUGCCAGUUAUAAGCCAUUACCUCAACAAAGUUUAUCGAAAAGCUGCAUAACUUUGCGCUCGACCGGAACACAGUACUCGGCAACGAUUAUCGAGCAAAAGGAAGAUCGCUGUGCACCACAGUACGUACCGUUGCCGAAAGAAUGCAGUGAAAUAUAUGCGGAUCAAGCGAAGAAAUCUGCAGCGCCUUCUACAUGUACAUGUGACUCCUCACGUCAGAGCCAAAAAUCACCGCUUUCAACUUCGGAUAGUAUGAAAACAAAGUACCAAUUUCUAUGUGAGGAAAACAAUGAGGAGCAAAAUGGAAAGGUGCAAAUAAAGAAUAAUGAAGAGUGGUGUGGCAGAGUAGAUAUAAAUUCGGAGAAGAGACAAAUCUUCAUUGCGCAACAUAAACAAAAACCACCAACUCAAUGCGUAGAUGAGCAGAACUAUUUGUUACCAUGGCAACAGGAUGAAAAAUUUAUACCGGGCCAACCAAUAAGUAGUUGCAAUAUGACACCUUGGCAAAAUGGGCCAAUGAAGCUCUUGCAAACGGUACAGAAAAGUCCCCGCUUUCAAAACUACGCGGAACGUAGAACGCCAAGGUUUAAUGCCACUAUGCCGCCGCAUCAAGAAAUGCCGGAAGAGGAAGAUAGAUGUGCAGAAGAACUAUCACAAUACAAGCCGCAGACGCGUGUGCAAUUUAUGGAGCAAUACAGCAACUGUGACCCGGCCUGCUAUGCCCAAGAUGGAGCAGCGAAUUUACAAAAUGAAACAGCGGAGCCUAUGCGCGACUGCACGCCAAGAGGACGCCUAAGCUUCGCUUAUGGCGGCGAAUACCAGCAGGUACCGGAAUUCACUGGCUGUCCGUGUAUGUUCAAAACUUAUCUAAAUAUGGUGACACUUUACUAUCCUGAUUAUCGUGUUCAACUGCGAGAGGAUUGCGUCGAAAUUGAGGAUGAUGAUGAUGAGUGCAAUGAAUGAUGAUGAAAUGUCAUAAUUUUGAUUGGGUCGAAGUUGCAAAUAUGUGAAGUAUGUGCACCGCUAAUUUAUUUUGCUCAGUUUUUGUGCUGGUUCACACUUUAUUAUUUUUUUGUUUGUACUAAAAACAAAAACG